AUGGAGAACAACAACAACCUUGGCCUUCGCUUUCGCAGGAUUCCUCGCCAGCCUGUUGCUCUCCCUAAGCUCGAUCCUCUGCUUGACGAAAAUCUGGAACAGUGGCCGCAUAUGAAUCAAUUGGUUCAAUGCUACGGAACGGAAUGGGUCAAGGAUGUUAACAAAUAUGGACACUAUGAGCAUACUCGUCCUGAUACUUUCCACACUCAGAUUUUCGAAGGACCUGAUACUGAUACUGAGACUGAAAUCCGUCUUGCUAGUGCUAGGAGUGCUCAAUUGGAAGACGAUGUUGCCAGCAUUUCCGGGAGGCCGUUUUCUGAUUCUGGAUCCUCCAAGCACUUUGGGCAACCUCCGCUCCCUGCUUAUGAACCAGCUUUUGAUUGGGAAAAUGAAAGAUCUAUGAUAUUUGGCCAGAGAACUCCUGAAACUCCUGCAGCAAGCUAUUCCAGUGGAAUGAAGAUCUCUGUCAGAGUUUUGUCUCUAGCUUUUCAGUCUGGUUUAGUUGAACCAUUUUUUGGCUCGAUUUCAUUGUACAAUCAAGAGAGGAGGGAGAAGCUCUCUGAGGAUUUUUACUUCCAUAUAUUGCCAACGGAAAUGCAAGAUGCUAAACUUUCAUCUGAAAAUCGUGGAGUGUUUUAUCUAGAUGCCCCAUCAGCAUCCGUUUGCCUGCUGAUUCAGUUAGAAAAAACAGCAACUGAGGAGGGAGGCGUUACAUCAUCUGUCUAUUCCCGUAAAGAACCUGUGCACUUAACUGAGAGGGAAAAGCAAAAGUUGCAGGUCUGGUCCCGCAUUAUGCCUUACCGUGAAUCUUUUGCCUGGGCAGUUGUUCCACUUUUUGAUAAUAAUAUCACCACAAAUGCUGCUGAAUCUGCGUCCCCUAGCAGUCCUCUUGCCCCCAGUAUGACUGCGUCAAGUUCCCAUGAUGGUGUUUUUGAACCCAUUGCAAAGAUCACGUCAGACGAAAAGCAAGGUUAUUCAGGUGGAAGUUCUGUCGUAGUUGAAAUAUCUAAUUUAAACAAAGUCAAGGAGAGCUACUCGGAGGAGUCAAUUCAGGACCCUAAACGGAAGGUUCAUAAACCUGUUAAAGGGGUUCUAAGACUGGAAAUUGAGAAACAUCGUAAUGGACAUGGAGACUUUGAAGAUCUAUCUGAGAAUGGAAGUAUCAUAAAUGACUCUAUUGAUCCGACUGACCGCCUCAGUGACCUGACACUUAUGAAGUGUCCCAGUUCUGGUUCUGGUGGACCCCAUAGUAGCGGUUCCAAGUGGCAUACAGAGGAGGGAAAGGAUGUUUCAAGAAACCUAACAAGCUCAAGUGGGAAUCUUGACAAUUGUUAUUAUGCUUUUGAUUUCUGCUCCACGACAAGAAACGAGCCUUUUCUACAUCUCUUCCACUGCCUUUAUGUGUAUCCUAUAGCUGUUACUUUGAGUCGGAAGAGGAAUCUCUUUAUCCGUGUAGAAUUGAGAAAGGAUGAUGCAGAUGUUCGAAAACAACCACUCGAGGCAAUCUAUCCAAGAGAGCCUGGUGUGUCACUUCAGAAGUGGGCUCAUACGCAAGUUGCUGUUGGAGCUAGAACUGCUAGUUACCAUGAUGAACUUAAGGUGUCUCUUCCUGCCACAUGGACGCCAUCACAUCAUCUGCUGUUCACUUUUUUUCAUGUUGAUCUCCAGACAAAGCUUGAAGCUCCAAGACCAGUAAUUGUUGGAUAUGCAUCACUUCCAUUAUCUACCUAUAUCCACUCGCGUUCUGAUAUUUCUCUACCAGUAAUGAGAGAACUGAUUCCCCACUAUCUGCAGGAAACCACAAAGGAUAGAUUGGAUUAUUUGGAAGAUGGCAAGAAUAUUUUCAAAUUGCGACUAAGACUUUGUUCAUCGCUUUAUCCCACCAAUGAACGUGUCAGGGAUUUCUGUCUAGAGUAUGAUAGACAUACCCUUCAAUCAAAACCUCACUGGGGUUCAGAACUGUUGCAGGCAAUAAACAGUUUGAAGCACGUUGACUCCACUGCCCUGCUUCAGUUCCUUUACCCAAUUCUUAACAUGCUCCUUCAUCUUAUUGGCAAUGGUGGAGAAACUCUUCAGGUCGCAGCAUUCAGAGCCAUGGUUGAUAUUUUAACUCGGGUGCAGCAGGUGUCGUUUGAUGAUGCUGACCGAAAUCGUUUCCUGGUCACCUUUGUUGAUUACUCUUUUGAUGAUUUUGGAGGCAAUCAACCACCGGUUUAUCCUGGAUUAUCAACUGUGUGGGGGAGUUUAGCUAGAAGCAAGGCUAAAGGUUACCGGGUUGGACCUGUAUAUGACGAUGUUUUAUCAAUGGCGUGGUUUUUCCUCGAGUUAAUUGUUAAAUCAAUGGCAUUGGAGCAGGCACGUCUUUUUGAUCAUAAUCUACCUUCAGGCGAGGAUGUUCCACCCAUGCAGCUCAAAGAAAGUGUUUUUCGAUGUAUCAUGCAAUUGUUUGAUUGUCUCUUAACUGAAGUACAUGAACGUUGUAAAAAGGGGUUAAGCUUGGCGAAACGUCUAAACAGCAGUUUGGCCUUCUUCUGUUAUGAUCUAUUGUAUAUCAUUGAGCCCUGCCAGGUCUAUGAACUGAUCUUAGCGAUCAGUUGUCAGUAG